AUCUAUCUGUAUGAUAACCACACGGUCUAUGGAAUAUGAUCUGGGCCAGUCUGGAGUGUUGCUAGCUAUAUCUGGUAUCCAGCUAUCUGGGUGUAUCCGGUCCCAAACUGUCGGCACCUCGGGGGGCUCAUCGGUAGAUUCUACCUCAACAAGACCUCGGACCCAGGAAGUUUUGGUCGACAAGCUUUGACCUUCCGACAAACCACGACGACCGCCACCGACCAGCGAUCACCAAGCGAGAUGAACAUGUUCUUCCCAUUCCCCUUGCCUCUGACACCGAAACAAUGGUUUUACAUCGCCGGAACGCAAUGCCUCGUCGCCGGGAUCAUCGAUGGAGGAGCCAAUUUCGGGAUCGCCUAUGCGAUGUAUCAUGGGCAGGAUCAGGUCAAGAUGUGGGUGUUUUCUCAGAAUACGAUCGCAGGGGAUCUCGGAGUCACGCCCAUCAUCCAGACUGCCGUGUCGAUGAUCAUCACCUCGACCCUGGUACACACCGAUCUACAUCAUUCGAUGAUAAAACCGCUGGCCUUUGUCUGGCCGCACGUCGAGCAUCUUCCGGACCCUCACAGGCUGUUCAAGGGCCGGCAGAAGAGUCAAAAAUCCGACCUGGAGAACAAGACUAGCAGCCCGGACCACGCUUCCUCCCACCUUUCUUCUUCCACCUCUUCGUCCCAGCCAAGAAGCACCAUCGGCUACUACUGGGCCAUGUUGAUGAGGUUCAUCUUUGAGGGGACGGAGAAUAACAUGCUGUUCGACGCCGGGAUCAAGCGGUUCCCGAAAAGGUUGGCUUGGACGGCUCUACAAGGGGUAGGGUUGGGGGUGGUUGUGGGGUUUCCGUGUUGGUGUUUGUUCAUAGUGAUCUUGGGGCCGAUUUAUGGGAUGAGGGAUAUGGGGAAUCGGUGGGAUCCGCAGAUCAUCAAGUGCGUGUACGGGUUCUUGCUCGGGAUCAUCACCAAUCCUAUUAUCGCCAUGUUAGCUCUAGGCUCGCAGGCCGAGCACAACCUCCUCGUACAACGCAUCGCCGAAAAGGAGAAGGAGAAGAAUGCGGAGGAAUCGUCCGACUCGGAACCUCGGGAAGUUCUGGUGCCCAACCCAGAGACACCUCCGACUCCAUUGCAACGACCUGCCAUGCCCAUGACCCCGUCUUCUAGGAUCUCGAGACUGCGUAGCGGGUCUUAUGCCAGUUCGAUCCGUCAAUCCGGGUUUACCGUCGAUGUCAGCGACAUUCCUGUGGAUUCGCCCAGUCGGCUCGCCCCGCCGUUGGCCUUGCCAGCGACACCGAUGGGCCCGACGAUGAUGGAACGCUCUGGACCGCCCCAAAUUCAGACUCCUGGGAGUGUCGUUCCUCGACGACCGAGGGCGUUGACGGGUGCAUCUGAGACGGGGUCGUAUUACUCGUUAGGAGGGACCGGAGGGCGAGCCCAGAGGGGAAGAAGAGCGAGCGUGCUCUCGGUCCAACAGGUCGGGACGUCGGGCACACCCAUGGCACCCAACCAGAAUCAGAACCAGAAACAGGCCCAGGCCCAAGACCAAGAUCGAAGCGGGACGGGCGCGAGGCAGAGGACGAUGACGGAAUCCACCAUCAGCCCUAUCCGACAGAUCCCCCCAGCGUGGAUGUCACAAGGCACAGGGAUGACAACGAUGACGGGCAUGGGGAUGGGGAUUGGGUCGGGGACGGGUCGAGCAGAAGAUCCGGACUCGGUAGAGACGCUCACGCUCCCGCCUACGCCUCAUCGGCAGCAUACGGGCAUGUCCCGGUUGAUGGCUGAGAGCAAGUUGGAUGCGCCCAGGGAGAGCGUGGAGAUUAAGGCAGAGGGGGUUGAGGGGGACGUUUUUGGCGGGAACAGCGGAUCGGGUAGGGACAAGUAGCGAAGGGUACUGUGGAUCGGUAGAUGACCGAAAUGUUCGACAACUUUAUAAUUCACGUGCAAGUCUCUGGUUUGUAAGCCGACCCUUGGCGUCGGAAUAGAUGGAUUUGAUUGGUAUCGCUUUGUGGCAUAAUUAUGACAACUAACACUGGAUUAUGGACAACCGAUUCUCUUGC